CACCGCUACAGUUCGCGGCGUCUAAAAAACCGGGCUAUAAACCGAAAUGCCGGCGGACAUAAGCCAGUGGACCGGGCCUCUCGCCCUGCAGGAGGUCGACGAGAAGCCGGCAAAGCCUCUGACUGUUAAAUACGACUCUGUGGAAGUAGACGAGCUCGGCAAAGUGCUCACGCCGACACAGGUGCAGAGCAGACCGACCUCUAUCGAGUGGGAAGGAUGCGACUCCAGUAAGAUGUACACGUUGGCCCUGACCGACCCCGACGCUCCCAGCAGGAAGGAGCCCAAAUUCAGGGAGUGGCACCACUUCCUGGUGGUGAACAUGAAAGGGAACGACGUGUCCUCUGGCUGCGUGGUGUCCGACUACGUGGGCUCUGGCCCCCCCAAAGGCACAGGUGGGACGAGAUGGCGCUCGAAAAGGUCUCCACAGGUACGUGUGGCUGGUGUACGAGCAGCCCGGCAGCCUGUCCUGCACCGAGACCGUCCUCACCAACCGGUCCGGAGACGGCCGCGGCAAGUUCAGGGUCCAGAGCUUCAGGCGCAAGUACGAGCUGGGAGGCCCGGUGGCGGGGACGUGCUACCAGGCCGAGUGGGACGACUACGUCCCCAAACUGUACGAGCAGCUCGCCGGAAAGUAACUGGAACGCCGGCUUGGAAAAGAAGAAUUUUGCUUCUGAAUAUUUUAAUUUCCACUUGCAGACACAAAUAGUUGCUUUUAUAUUUUGAAAUGUCUUCUGAUCCUGUUGGUGACCAUGACAGUAGCUUUAUAAUGUACAUUUUGAUUAUAUCACUACAGAUUGGCCUGGCUGUCAGGAGCCAUAACAUUUUAGCUUUUAUCCAACAUUCACCUUCAAUUGACGGUUAGAUGACCGAAUCAUUACAGUGCAUUAAAAUACUCAACCUGAGAUCCAGCUGCAGUAUUUUAUAAUGAGCCACAUCUGCUCAGUUUGAUUAAAAUGUUGAAUAUUUUCAGCAGAGAUGAGAUCUGUCAUUGUUUGUCAAGCAUUCAAAGAGACUCAAACACAUUAAUAAAUAUGUGAUGCUUA